AUGAACUAUAAGAAAUCUCACCCCGACCAAGAUAUGAGAAAGAAGGAGUCAGAAAAGAUCAGAGAGAAGUACCCAGACAGAAUCCCAGUCAUUUGUGAGAAAUCUCAGACUUCAAAGCUCCCAGAUAUCGACAAAUCCAAAUACUUGGUACCAAAUGAUCUAACAUCAUAUCACUUCAACUAUAUCAUCAGAAAGAGAAUCAAGCUCCCCGAAAAGGAGUCUCUUUACUUCUUCGUGAAUGGAAAAUAUUUGCUCAAGGGAGACACUUUAAUGGCACAUGCUUAUGAAUAGAAAAAGGAUGCUGAUGGAUUCUUGUAUAUCACCUACACUGAGGAAUCUACCCUGGGUGCUUUCCUUGAAGAGAAUAAUAUCUAACUAGAUUGA